AUGGCUAGUCAGAACCGUUCCGAGCCCAUCAAGAGCAAUCCUAUCGGUAACGGCCUCGAUGGCUUUCUCCUGUCGUUUAGGUCUAUCUGCGGGAGUAAAGACCUGCCCUGCUCGGGGGAAGCCCUCAACCAGCUUAACGAUGAAGACUUGCGAAACGUCGCUAUCGAUCUUUUCGUAGCAUUGAAUGCCCUUCAGCUGCCUCGUCUGCUUCCGUUUGGCGGCACCAAUUUGUUCAACCACAUACUGAGACUUACCCUAGCCAUUUCCUCUAGCGACUUCGAUCUUACCCGUACCAAACCUCUUUUAAGAGCAGUCGUUGCCAAGAAACCUGACGAGGAGAUCUGGGCCCAAGUGUAUCGCGCCGUCACCGAAUCCACCCCACCACCCCGAUCGAUCGCCUCUCAUCUCCAACAGACACCAUCGUCCCGCAACAUGGGCAGUCUUGUGAAUUCUUCAGAAUAUCGCAAAAAUACAGACGGGGUACUGAAGGAGGACCUCGGCCCGUUAUACGUCGAUAUCCCACAGUUCCACGAGACAUUUUUCAGUAGUGUUCCGGACCUAGAAAGGAUAUCCAAGAUCGUCUUCCAGAAGUGUUGUGAGGGUUCAAACCCGAUGUUCCGCGAAGGAUGGACUGGGUGGCCGAAAGAUGCCCAGGAGCCUGCUGUCCUGAGCUGGCUCCAAGGAUUGAUCGAACAACUCAUACGCUGGGCCCGAGACCAGAGACCAAUACCAGCAUCGGCACCAACACGAGGGUUAGUGGCAGAGCCAAACAAACCUCUUGUGGGCUCAACGGCGAAGCGUAAGCUAGAUGUCGGCUUCGUGAGCCACCCCGCGGCCUUGAAACACUGGUCUCAGAUUCUUAUCCCUGGUGAGCUGAAGAGUAACCCGGAACAAGAUAGCCACAGCAAGGCAUGGCAAGAUAUCGGGAGAUAUACGAGGGAAGUAUUUGCGGCGCAAGAUACCCGGCGCUUCGUUUUAGCCUUUACGCUUUGCGGGUCUCUAAUGCGCGUGUGGGAGUUCGACCGUCUUGGUGGGAUCGCUUCGGCGCGGUUCGAUAUUAAUGAAGACGGGCAGCAAUUUAUAUUAACGAUUCUCGGCUUCUUGUGGAUGAAAGAACAAGACAUGGGGUUUGACGCUACCAUUAUGACACCUAAUAACGAUUCGUGCAUCGAGAUCAUCCGGAAUAGGACACGGGAACGUAUUAUAAUAGACGAGGUUGUGACACGAGCUCCUUAUAUUACAGGUAGGGGAACUACAUGCUGGAGGGCCCACCUCGAAAGAGACCGAUCUGCGACGCUCGUCAUCAAAGAUUCAUGGCAACACCCCGAAUGGCACGACGAAGGUAAGCUACUUUCUGAGGUGACCGAGAAGGGCGUCCGUAAUGUGGCUAGGUAUUAUCACCAUGAAACCGUUCGCCUCCCGGAUGGCAGUAUCGACGAUGUGCAGGGCGGUGUCCGGAAGGGAUUGGAUAUUACAAAGGCCUCCAAUUACGGGUUACACCCAGAUCUGGCUCAGAGUGCAGGCAAGAAGAGGUCGUCCAGUGAGACAGGCGCGGCUCUCCCCUCAAGUAAACGAUCCUGCUCGCAUUUGGUUAAAACCGACUGUGCUACACAGGGUCUGAAUCGCAUUCAUCGACGUAUCAUUAUCCGCGAUUUCGGACGGCCUAUCUAUAAAGCUGGCUCUCGCGUAGCAUUACUUGCUGCGUUAGAGGGCUGUAUUGAAGGACACCAGUCAUUAUUAUGCGAAGGCGACGUCCUUCAUAGGGAUAUCUCUAUCAACAACCUUAUGAUGAACGACGAAGCGAGCGCAAACCCCUCCUGGCCCUCGUUCUUGAUUGAUUUGGACCUUGCCAUUCCAACCGAUCGGAAAACCGCGUCGGGCGCGAAAGGAAGGAUCGGUACGAGGGCUUUCAUGGCUAUCGGGGUGCUCAUGGGCGAGCAGCAUAGCUUCGUACAUGACCUCGAGUCCUUCUUCUGGGUACUGCUCUGGAUAUGCAUACAUUAUGACGGUCCAGGAAAGAAGAGCCGGGUCGUUGACGAAUUCGAUCAAUGGAACUAUGCGAACAUGGAUCUGUUGGCAACAUGGAAGUCGGGGAUCGUAUCAAAAGAUGCAUUCUUCAUCCAGAAAAUGACCAGAUGCUUUACACCUUACUAUGAGCCUUUGCUACCUUGGGUCAACAGGUUGCGGAGGGUUGUGUUUGAUAACAACUGGCAAGAGGGAGAUGAAACACUGUAUACUCGGAUGCGGGAUGUCCUCUGCAAGGCUCAGAGGGAUCCAAAUAUAUAG